AUGAAGCUUUCAAACCCUAACUUUUUUGGAAGAAUAAAACUAGGAGACAUAACUGCUUUUUCCAUUGAUCCCAGUACUUGCACUUACUGUUCUGGUUACAGCAGUGACCUCUGCUUCAAACUCAUAAGGUUUGGAUUGAUGGCAGAGGCGAACUUGGAUGGGAAUGGACAUGUCGGAGGAGAGAAACGCGUCAAGCACUACAGCAAUUUCCACAGGAUACUGCUUGUCGGCGAGGGUGAUUUUUCCUUCGCUGCUUGCUUGGCCAGGAGAUUCGGGUCUGCUGUUAACAUGGUCGCCACCUCGCUCGACUCGAGAGCUACGUUAAGGAGGAGUUAUACAACACCAGCGAUUGACAACUGGGAAACGAUCGAGGGCUUAGGGGGCACCGUUUUGCAUGAAGUGGACGCUCAUACCAUGAGCGAACACCCUAUUCUCAAGCACAAAUCCUUCGAUCGAAUCGUCUACAAUUUCCCUCAUGCUGGCUUCUGCGGCCCUGAGCCAUCCUUCUCUCAGAUUAAGCUUCACAAAGAUCUGGUGAGAGGCUUCCUGAAGAAUGCGAAAACGAUGCUAACGGAUGAUGGAGAGAUUCAUGUGACGCACAAGACGGCUCAUCCGUACAGCAAGUGGGAGAUCGAGAAGCUGGCCGAGGAACAAGGCCUGUUUUUGGUCGAGGAAGUGCAGUUCUCUGUGUGGGAUUAUGAAGGGUAUGUCAAUCGGAGAGGCUCAGGCUCAAAGUGUAAUGGUACUUUCCCGAUCGGAGAAGCCUCUACUUACAAGUUUAGCAAAAAUGAUCACGGAAUGCUUUGCGCCAAUGCUCUGCUUAACUUGAGCUCAGCCGAUCUUGUUGAGUGUGCUCGAGCAAAGUGA